AUGUCCGCAAAAACUGCCAAUGGGAAGCGCACAUCGCCCGCGGUCAACUUGAUCGCUGGUGGUGGUGCUGGAAUGAUGGAGGCUCUGGUGUGCCACCCUCUGGACACAAUCAAGGUUCGCAUGCAGCUGUCAAGGAGAGCCACAGCGCCUGGAGCUAAGCCACGCGGGUUCGUGGCCACCGGUGCGCAAAUCGUGAAAAAGGAGACCGCUCUGGGUCUAUACAAGGGUCUGGGUGCCGUGCUCGGUGGUAUCAUCCCCAAGAUGGCCAUCCGGUUCACCUCAUACGAAUAUUACAAGGGCGCACUCGCGGAUCCAACAACGGGCCAGGUCACCAGUAAAGCCACCUUCUUGGCGGGUCUCGCAGCCGGUGUGACUGAAGCUGUGGCCGUGGUCAACCCUAUGGAGGUCGUCAAGAUUCGUCUGCAGGCCCAGCACCACAGUCUGGCUGACCCCCUCGAUGCCCCUAAGUACCGCAGCGCACCGCACGCACUCUUCACGGUCAUCAAGGAAGAGGGUUUCCGCGUCCUCUACCGAGGUGUCUCCCUCACAGCCCUCCGACAAGGAACCAACCAAGCCGCCAACUUCACUGCCUACACGGAAUUGAAGGCUGCUUUGCAACGCUGGCAACCGGAGUACAGCACCAGCCAGCUGCCUUCGUACCAGACCACAUUCAUCGGUCUGAUUUCCGGUGCCGUGGGCCCCUUCUCCAACGCCCCCAUUGAUACCAUCAAGACUCGCCUGCAAAAGACCCGCGCUGAACCCGGCCAGUCUGCUGUUUCUCGCAUCAUGGUUAUUGCCAAGGAUAUGUUCAAGACCGAGGGUACCCGUGCUUUCUACAAGGGUAUCACUCCUCGUGUGAUGCGUGUCGCUCCUGGUCAGGCGGUUACUUUCACCGUGUAUGAGUUCCUCAAGGGCAAGCUGGAGGGAUCAAACUGGGCCUUUGUGGGUGGCAAGUUUGAGGAGUAA